CCUGAUGGCAAAUUAUACUGUUCCUUCUCACCGUGGUGGGCAAAUACCACUACAGCCUCAAGACAGAGACCAUCUGUCAGCCCUUGAUGUUGUGUGGGCCAAUAAAUAUGAGGGUGAAAUGAUCAGUUCUGCAAAUGCCAUGGAGAUGGAAUUCAAGUUUUACAAAGGUGCCCCACCACAAUGGCUGAACUUCUAUUGGGCUGAACAAGAGAACUCCCCUUUUGUCAAGCGGGAUAUGUAUCAAGUACUACAAAGAAAGAUCAAUGAAACUAAAACUAAAAGGUGGCGCUUUGCUUCUAUUAAUUUGUCCCAUGAACCAGGCAGUGGAGGGUCCACCUUGGCCAUGCAGGUACUAUGGGACCUGAGAAAAAAGCUCAGGUGUGCCAGAGUAAUAGAUUCUGCAACAGACACGAAGGCCAUUGCACAGCAAGUGCUGCGGUUAUUUAGAGCAGGUGGUUCAGAAAACCAAAACACUGUUCUCCUUCUUCUGGACAACAAGCACACAAUUGAUGAUACUUCAUUUCGAGAAAACCUUGAAGAAAACCUCUUUGAUGAAAUUAAAGCAAACAAUAUCAGUGCUACAAUCCCUGUGGUUAUCAUUUUAAACUGUCUCCGCCAGAAAGAUUUGACAGAAAGAACAGAAAAUGUGAAACUGUCCUCAAGCCUUUCAGAGGAAGAGCAAGACAAUUUUAAGAGAAAACAGUCUGACAUCAUUCAAAAACAUGGAAACAGACACACUCAACUUUAUGCCUUUAACAUUAUGCUGAGAAAUUACGAUCAAAGUUAUGUUAAAUAUGUCUGCAAAAAUUUUCUGCCAUUAAAGAAAAAAAGGAGGCCACGCAAACAACAACUUCUGGCUUUUUUGGCACUGAUUAAUUCAUAUGUCCCUGGCUCUGAUCUCCCAUAUGAUCUUUGUCGGAUGUUCAUUGGGAGGGAAGGUAAUAAUGUUGACGCUUUCUCUUUGGAGCAAAAUAUGCAGCCCUUCACAGACUUUCUGGUCAUAUUCUCAACAAAGGAAGAAAAGGCCAGAAGUGAGGACGUACAUGUACGUAUGGUACAUCCCAUGAUUGCUGAUGAAUGUCUAAGAUUGUUAACUAAAGCUGGGGUAACCAGAGGUGACACUACAUUGAAGCUACUGAGAGAAAUGUGCAAAGAUGACAUGCCUCCAUGUUUGGUGAAAACUGUAAAAAAAUUACUCACAAAGCGAGAAUAUAGGCUGCAAAAACAGGAAAAAUUCUCCAGAGUGAUCCUAGAUAUAAGAAAGGAAAGGCCAUCCAUGUGUGUUGCAGUGUUGAAAAUGGCCUUGAAAAAAUUUACAACGGAUCCAUUUUAUCCACAAGCUCUUGCCCGUUUCUAUUACAUUGGGAUGGAAGAUUAUGAACGAGCUAAACACUGGGUUGAAAUGGCAAUUAUGAGGGAUAAAGGAAACUCCUUUAUCAGAGACACCCUUGGACAAGUGCAUAAAAACUAUUUAAAAUAUAUUAUCCGUGAAAAACAAUUGCCAUUGAAAAACCCUGAAGCGUAUGCUAGAAAAAUCCUGGAACUUGGAAAACAAGCAACUAAGGGUUUUAAGGAUGAAGAAGAAGUUGCUAAGGCAGAGGAGGCACCAGAGAUGAAAGAGCAUGGCAUGACGAGCACAUCUACCAUCUUCAACAACAGGGGUACCUUUGGCUACAUGCAAGCGGCAAAGAUCAUUUUUGAUGAACUCACAACCCUUCACAAGGACUGGUCCAAAGUACUUACAAAGGAAGUAACUCCGCACUGUUUUCUCAACUCUUAUGGAAAAGGCAAAUGUGAGAAGUAUAAGAGUCUCAUUACAAGUCUAAGAGAUGAAGUUGAGGUCAAGUUCGAAUUUUUUGAAUGGUAUCUCCUUUACUCAAAGCCAAGCAUCCACAAAGAUGAACCCACAUACUUCUGGCCAGAAGUUGAUGAAUGCUACAUGAAAUUUGUAACACAAUACCAACAGAAUAAGUCAGCAUUUCAGAUCCUCAAGGAGAAAAAGGCCAACACAUUUGCAGGAUUACUGUACACACAAGACAGAGACACUGAACUGGAACUGAUCACUGAACAAUGGAAAGAUAUUUAUUUGCAAUCACAGAGUGAUGCGCAGAUUAUCCAAAACUACGUUGUUGCAAAUGUCAUGUUAAGUCAAAGGAGUAACACAUCCAUAGCAUCACUGGAAGAACUUCAGGCAAUGUUACACAAGCUCUGGACAGAACAAAAAGAUAACAGAAGUCCAGAAUUCUAUCUCUUGGUUCUUCUGCUCUUUUGGCCUGAUGCACAACAGGGCAGACCCAACAGUCUGGACAUGUCUGAAUGUGUUAGGCAUAUGCAUCAUUCCUUUGAAAGAACGUACAAAAAUUACCUACGCUCUCGUUACCUGGUGCCUCUCUUCUUCCUAACUGUAGGCCACGGACUACAUGGAUUUGUCCCUAAAUCAUGUGUAGAUGAAACUUCAAUUGACCUUCUUACUAAAGGAAGUGAAAGAGUUGAAAUCCCACAACUGCGACGUGUGAGAGGAGAGGUGAGAAAUUAUAAGGCUUUUGCUGUAGAAGGAUCUGAGAAGAUUGAGGUUUCUCCCGAUCGUCCAGCCAGUGUUCGUGGUGAAGGAAAGGUUUCUUUCUAUCUUGGCUUUAACAUCAAGGGACCUGUGGCUUACAACAUUAGAUAUGAGCAAUAAAGCUGAAGAUAAAUACAUUAGAUAUGAGUCUGAGCUCCAGUUGAACAAUAGGGUUCAGUGAAUACACAGAAAUUGAAUGAAUGCAACCUUUAUGUAAUAUUAACGUCCAAUAAGGAUGAAAGUAAAAACAGGGAUUCAAAAAUUUUGAUAAAUAUAUCAUCACUAGUGUAGGGUCAAUUUAAUCAAUUGUACAUGAUAUAAUGGGUUUAGUAAUGUCCUUCAUAAUGGGUCA